AUGAGAGAGAUCUCAACUCCGAAAGGAUUUCGUCUUCUCGCCUUCUUAUCAGCAAUUUUCCUGCUUUUCGUUUCAGCUUAUGCUGAUGAAUCAUCAACUCCAAAAAAGGGAAAAAACACGGAAUCAAAUGGCGGCAGCAAUGGAUCUAAGAUAGCACUUGUAUGUGUGGCCAUUGUGGCUGUUGGCCUGCUAUCAUUUUUCCUUUUCAGAUUUUGGCAAAAGAAGAAACGUGAAGAGCAGUACGCUCGCUUGCUGAAGUUGUUUGAGGAGGAUGAUGAACUUGAGGUGGAGCUUGGCCUACGCGAUUGA